AUGCAAUUGCACCGAGACACCACAGUCUCACAGCUCACGGUCACACCGGUGGUCUCAGACGGCUUGCUCUACCACGAGGACUCGCCCUUGGUCCGGGCCGCGCAGCUGGGCCGCGCCUUGGUCUUGGAUGAGGCAGACAAGGCACCCUUGGAGGUGGUGGUGGUGCUGAAGUCCUUGAUCGAAGACGGACAGUUGGCGCUGCCCGACGGACGCAGGCUGGCCAGCACCUCGGAGGCGGGCGAGCGCACCAUCCAGGUGCAUCCUGAGUUUCGGAUGUUUGUCCUUGCCAACAGACCCGGCUUUCCAUUUCUGGGCAACGACUUGCUGCGAGAAGCAGAUGUCUUCGCCGUGUUCUGCCUGGACAACCCAGACGCUGCCUCAGAGCUGCAGUUGGCGCGAGCCAUCGGACCUAGUGUGCCGGACGGCCUGCUCCGCACGCUGGUGGCGCUCUUUGCCGAUUUACGCUUGGCCUUAGAAGAUGGACGGCUACAGUAUCCGUACAGCGCUCGGGAGCUUCUGGCAGUGAUCCGGCACCUUGAACGCUUUCCCAACGAGCCGUUGGAAGAGGCUUUGAGCUCGGUCUUGGCCUUUGACCGUUUCGACCCUUCCCUGCGAGAGGCUUUGCGGCCAUUGCUGGAGCGCCGCGGCGUUUCCAGCCUGGCGGUCUUAGGUCCUGCCAGUGGAAACACCAGUGUAGCGCCUACACCAUCAGAGCCUUGGCUGCGAGCGCUGCAAGCCUUGCGCAACAGCGCCGUGGCCCCGCCGCAACGCCUGCGGAAGGAGUCCGCCGGCUGUUGGCAGCUGCUGGAAGCGCUGGAGGUCUCCGAGGCAGCCCUUGGCAGGGAGAGCCCUGAGUAUCAUCAAGUGCAGCAGCGGGUGGCGAUGCUGGAUCCACCCAAAGUGGUGCCCCUGGCAGAGCUUUGCUUCGAACGAAGUAGCCUAGCCUUCAAUGAGGGCAUGGUGAGAGCCCAGCUCCCUUUGGGACGUCACUCGGGUGGUGUGGCCGAUGCGGUGGUCGGAAAGGGAGCCAUACACGUGCUCUCAACAGGACCCUUGUGCGUGUGGACCAUCGAGGACCCACAAGAGCUUGGCGCCGAUGCGGGCCGUUGCUCCUUGUUGCAGGUUGGCGCUGGUGCUGAUUGGUCCUUGGCCAUGGCGUUUCGCGACACGAAAGGCGUCGCCCAGGGUCCCUCCUUGCUGGUGAACGGGCGGCCCACGGUCUUGGGCACUCCACAGCUGGCCUGGGUUCCAGCAGCUGAUGCGCUUCUCUUGCAUUCGCCUCUGGACGGUAUGGCUCCCCAGUUGCUGCUACAACGCCCCGCCGACCCUGCGGGCGCCAUCGCCAGGGCAUUGCAGGCGCCUGCGCUGCAGCCGCGCGGGGCGGCCGCCGCUCGGCUGCGGCCAGCGCCUCAGGAAGGCCUUGUCCUGGUACCGCAUGGCUGGGAGCCCAUCACCCACAGUCCCGAGACCUAUGAAGCCUUGGGCCCAGCACGAGGAGGUUCCGAGCCUCCCUUUGCGGCCAGAAGUUCAUUGCUCUUUUUCCAGCUGAGUUUGUGGCGUGUCGUUCAGCUGGACGUGCUCCGAGAGAAGACUCGGGAAGUCUACCUGGAGCAUUUUCUUCCGGCUGCUUUGAGGGACCAAUGGCAGAACACCUCCCAAAUGGUGGCUGUCUCUGCAAUGGCCACCACAACACAGGGCAUCGAGAUGCUUUUGGCACUGCCAGGCAAUGCUGGUACUGCCCAAAGCUUUCUGAGUGUUUACUUUCCAGCUGGUCUGGAUGAAAAGGCCCGCCCACGUGCACGUCUGGUGGAGUCGCAAGCGCGGCAGUCUUCAGCAGGUGCGGUGCUUCCCAUGGGACUUCCAGGAGGGCCCACCGCAGGUGUCAUCGCUGUGCCCUUUGGCAGCGAAGGGUCGAUGGCCUUCGCAGGGGACGAGGUGUCUAGCCGAUCGGUGGCGCACUUGCUUGAGGGCCAAGCACAGGAGGAUGGCUCGAAGGCGCUGUGGGCCUUCCUCCCUCAGCCCAGGCCCAGCGCUGGUGGCACCAGCUCAUGGCCAGGGGAGGAGGAGCUGACCAAAGUGCCAGAGGAGGAAAUCAAGGCGCUGGUGGCUGGGUCCAAGCAGCCGCUGCCCACAGAGAGGUCUCGAUGGCGCAGCAAAGAUGUCGUUUGCCUCGGGGACGAGUUGAUUCUGCGGGCAAUGACGGAUCGCCAAAAUGACGACUGGCUGGAGUUCGUCCACCUUCCCUCGAGGAGCGCUCGACAGCUACCAGCAGCCAGUGAAGGUAUGGAUGCUGGUCCAGUGGCACGUUUGCUCGCUUGGCCAAAGUCGCAGCUCUUUCAAGGAGAUGAAGAGGCACGUGAGAUGCUUCGUGGCAGCUGCGUGGUGGUCUUCGAAAGCGGCCAUGUGCGAUGGAUGGAGGCUCAUCCACAGGGUCUUGCUGAGAGCCUUCGAGAGCACUUCCAGCGGCAAGGCUUGCGCGGGCUCAUGGAGGAGGAGCUGCCAGAAGAAGAGCUUCGAGAGCUGGAGGAACUCGAGUUGGAGCAACUGGAGCUGGAAGCCGAAGAUUUGGAUGGGGAAGAGCUGACCGAAGGUGAAGGGCCGACCGAGGAAGGGUCUGAGAUGCCUGGCGCACCUGGAGCCAAGAGAAGGCAACGAGGCUCCGGCCGUGGUGGACGUGGAAUCGCCCGGCCAGGAGCUGGUCGUGGUUCGGGGCACGGUGGGCGCGGUGGCGCUCGUGUAGCGGCACAGGGCAACACUGGUGGAGGUGGCUCCGGCCAGGCCGGCCGAGGACGAGCACAGGGCCCACAGGGUGUCCGGGAAGAGCUGCUGCGGCGCGCGCUGCGCCAGCGGCGGCAAGCACAGAAGAUGAGGAAUCUCUCUGGCGGCGGAAGAGAGGAGUUGUCUUCAGAUGGCAAACCACCCAAGGAGUUGUCUAGCCCAAAGCAUGGCGAUGAGGAUAACAAGGAGCACAUCGGAGGCAACCGUUGGGCUGGCGGCACGGGCGGCGCCGAUACCGCUGGCCUCGGCGGCCGCGGAGGGCCCUACCGUUUGGAAAAGCCGGGUCAACGCGUGCGGCAAGUGAGUGACGAGGCGAAGGCGCAGGUGGACGCCGAGGCUCAGGCAGCGGCGCGACACUUGGGGCAGGAGGCCUUGAGGCGACGCUUGGAGGAGAUCCACCUGAGCGGGGGCGACUACAACUUCUACGCCAGCUUGUUGUCGGCCGUCCAGAGCGACAUCGAACGCCUGCGCGCCGUGCUCUCCGGCGCGGCGGCGCGGCAACUGGAACGCCACUGGCGUCGUGGUCAAGAAGGUGAGUUGGACGAAACUCGCUUAGUUGAUGCCUUGGCCGGCGAGGCCAAUGUCUUCAGGCGAAGGAAAGAGCGUGAGCCACGCCCUGGCGAGCCGCCGAUGCGCCCGAAGCGGGCCCUUUUCCUUUUCGAUGCCUCAGCGUCGAUGUACCGCUUCAACGGUGCGGAUGGGCGGCUGCGGAGGACCUGUGAGACAGCAGUCAUGAUCAUGGAGGCGUUGCAGGGUCUCGAGGCUCGCUUUGACUAUGCAGUCUAUUGCCAUGAUGGAGACACACCGUUGCAGGAGCUGAUCCCUUUUGGCCAGCCUCCCACCGACGAGCGUGGGCGACUGACAGUGGUCUCUAAGCUGGUGGCAAGUGCUCAGUACUGCAGCUCAGGGGACAACACCGUAGAGGCCAUUGAGCAGGCCCGCCACAAGGUGCUGGAUGCUGGACCUGCAGACGAUCGCUUCGUGUUUGCCUUUUCGGACGCCAACUUCGAACGCUAUGGGCUUACGGCCCAGGCGCUGUCAAAGGCUUUGGGAGAGACCAAUGGACGUGAUGAGGUUCGUUCCAUCCUGUUCCUUCUGGCCACCUUCGAAGACGAAGCCUUGUUGAUGGCAAAGUCCUUGCCAGACCAGGUGCGCCUUUGCUUGGACCCACGGACCCUACCUUCGGAGCUUCGGCAGGAGUUUGCCAGCCGUGUGAGCCGCAGAAGUGCGCUGUAA